GGUCGUGACGGCAUCAACAUGAAGCUAGCUCGCGCGCUCCUCCAUUAACGUUCCCGUUGUGUGUGAAAUCCUCCGCGAAGUGGCUUUACGUGUCUCCGGCGACACACACGCACACGCACACACACACACACACACACACACAGGCGGAAGCGUCUCCGGUUCCUACUGUUCCUACGCGUGAGACAAACGUGCGCGCGCAUGGAACCGUGGCACUUCGCUUGUUCCUUAAAUUCAGAAUAAUUAGAUUUAAUUAAUCGGGAUUAAACUGUUUUCCUUCCGAUAACGUGACCCGAUACAAACACGAUGCUUCGGUGGAUGCUUGGUGGUCGAGAGGCGCAGGGUUCAGUGGAGAAAAGCCCCGUGUUGUGCAUCGGAGAGGAACAGCCCAAAAACUGGUUCACUGAGCUGCAGGUGCUGAAAGGACAUUUUGACAUUGUUCGAUUUCUGGUGCAGAUUGAUGACUUCAGAUGUGCCUCAGCCGGCGAUGACGGCCUCGUCUUGGUGUGGAAUGUCGAGACCGGGGAGAGGCUGCAGGAGCUGAGGGGCCAUUCCCAGCAAAUAACAGCCAUGACCACCUUCACCUGUGAGAACGGGCCCACGUCGCACACCUCGCUCAUCACAGCCUCGUCAGACCGGAGUCUGAGUCUAUGGGACCCGGAUACCGGCAACCGGGUUCAGACCAUUUCAGAUCUUCAGUCUUCUGUCAAGUGCUUGCUGGUGCUGGAGCGUCUGUGUGUGUGGGUCUCCGGCGGUGAAGAGCUGUGUGUGUGGAACACAGACUUCCAGCUGCAGUGUCAACGACAGAACCAGAGCGACACCGGAAUAACCGCGUUGAUAGAGCUGCCCAAGAACUGCGUCGCAGCUGCUGUGGAUAAAGAGAUAGUCAUCUACAGGCUGACGGUCUCCACGGAUUCCUCCAUGUCGUUGGCUGAGAUCCACCGCCUGUCCGACCACCAGGACCGGGUUCGAGCGCUCAUCAACGUCAGCGACGGGCUCUUCGCCAGCGGCUCCCAUGCGGGCGAGUUGAUCUUAUGGGAUGCGAUCGAUUGGAACAUCCUGGGCUAUGAGCACAUCCUGUGGGAGGAGUCACAAGCCUGCUCUCAGGCCGAAAUACGAUUGGCCGCCCCCAAACCCAGCGAGGUGUCCAUUCAGCAUCUGAGCACCAACGGCAAGCACAUCCUUGCAGCUGUGGGCAGCGGCCUGUACGUGUACAGCAUUCGGACCAAGACGGUGGUGGCCUACAAGAAGGUCGCCCACGACUCCAACGUCUUACACACCAUGCUGUUAUCCGACAGCGAGCUGAUGUCCUGCUCUGAGGACGGCAGCGUGAGGAUGUGGGAGAUCCAGGACCUGCCUCUACCCGGCGAACCGGCCUCCCCAGGGUUCUUUGGCAUGUGGACCUUCGGCCGGUCCAACAAGCAGACCGGACUCCCGUCCAAGAAGGUCGCGGACGUCCCGCCGCACAUCCGGACGCUGGAGUUGACGGGCGAUCUGAUCGGCCACUCGGGGGCAGUGCAGAUGUUCGCGAGCUUCGGGGAAAACGGUUUGCUCACCUGCUCGACGGACCACCUGCUGAUCCUGUGGAAGAACGGAGAGCGGCAGUCCCACCUGCGCAGCCUGGCGCUCUUCCAGAAGCUGGAGGAGAAUGGAGGACUGUGACCUUUUGACCCCUUUCGAACGAGCAAAAGCUGCGACGCCGUCGGGGUGAAGUUGUGGAGUCGAAUCUUUUGGAUGUACUGUAAUGAUGAUGUAAUGGUUGUUGUUUAACUUAAAAAAUAUAUAAUAUUUAGAUUUCCAGCCUGAUUUAAUCGGACGUCUUGUACAGGACAUUCCCAUAAUGUUAUUAUUAUGGGCUGCUGCUGUCUGAGCACCUGCAGUCCUCAUUUUGGGAAAUAUGCUUAUUGGCUUUCUUGGCACGCGUUAGAUGAGAAGAUCGAUACUCAGAUGAAGAAGCCGCAGCCGGUUAGCUUAGCUUAGCAUAGCGACUGGAAAAAUGGCGAACAUCCAAAACUCACUAAUUUACAUCACAUAACUCCAGUAAAACCUCCACUUUUUUGGUGCGUUUCUAAUAAUUAGAUUUAAACCCGGUAUUUCAGAUCAAGCUACAGGAAUAUUAUUAGAAUUAUAUUUAUUGUCGGGUUGUUUACAGCUACAAAUAAAUAAAAGGUCGAUGUAA